GAUUUGUAACGGUGCUGUGACGCAGAGUCAAUAUUUCGUGUGACCUGCAGGUAGAAUAUAUGUACACGUGACGUCAUGGCCAGGUGCAUAUUAUUUCAUGUACGUCUUUGUAACACAUAACCUAUUCGCGUAGUCUAAACAAAACUUGUCCACUUUCUUAAUUAAGGAAACAACUUGAUAAUAAAAUCAUGGAAAAUGAACAGAAACUUUGCAUUCCUAAAAUCCCUUUCGGACACUCUGGUGAUCCCAGCGAUUUUACCUUAUUCGGCAACAAUAUUGAGGAUAGUAUACUUGACAAAAAUAGUUCAGCAGAAAAAGAAUACACGCAAGUCUCUUCAAUUUUCAAAGAGAACAGGGAGAGGAAUACUGAUGGGUUAGGGAAAAGACAUUGCAAUAUUUCCUCAUCAGAAUAUCUACAGGGGGAAUCUUCUUCGUGGCCUAAUAGAUCUAGCCCCAUACCGGUUUCAAAUACUAGUCCAAAAGAUGGUGUCUCACAGAUGAAUCAAACUUUUAAAAAAAUCUUGGAAUUCAAGUCAUGCAAGUUGUACCCUCCCAAACCUGGCGAUACAGAAUAUUCCACUCGCACCAAACCGCCUGGAUGUAAGACAGUAUGUGCGAGAGGGUUACCGCGGUGUGUUUCCAAACACACAAUGAGAGAGAUAUUUAAAGUGUAUGGCAAAAUCAAGGACCUGAAGAUGGAGAAAGAUUGCUGUUACAUACAGUUUGUAGAAGAAUCGUCUGUGGAUCCUGCUAUGUCUUUAUCGGGCUUUAGAAUAGUUAUGCAAGACCGUCUAGGUGGAUUGAUUUCCCGGUUGAUAUGCAUGGAUUAUGCAAAGGAAGAAGGUGGGCAAGGCUUAUCACAAGUGUCAGAUGAUCUACAACCUACUGUAGAUAAGGUCCAGCAUCCUGAAGUACAAGCUGUCAUCUGCACAGAAAGUGCCUUAACCAAUGCCUUCGCAGUCAUCAAACAAAGGGACAAAUUUACUGACGCCGUACAGCUCUUGAUAUCUUGGUUGGAAAAAGGAGAUUGCAAUACGAAACGAUAUCAAAAAUUUUUUGAGAUGAUUGCAAUAGCCAAGAAUCACGUUGAUAGACUGUUGGCUCUUAGAAAAAAAUUAUUAGAUGAUACGAAUAAAUCGACUUUUCAACGCAGAGAGGAAGCUGAUGAGAUUUCUUCACAAAUCAGUCAUAUCGAGAUGCUCUACACUACUAUCUGCCAAAAGAAGGUAAUGGACCGUUUCUCGGUUGCUCAAAGAAGAAUACUACAUUCAGAGCGUCUUAACUCAGAUAUUUCAGGUACUUUAGAUUGCGAAACGCCCCUGAUACAUGGCAGCGGUUAA